GUGGUCCAGUUCAUCACUUCUUGUAAACCGAGGCUCUUCUUCCACCUUCUCAUCAUCCCCCGGCUGACAACACGAUGACGAUGGACGGCAAAACGAAGAGCUGCUUGUCGGCCUUGGUUGUGCUGCUCGGGGCGGCGAUCCAGGCUGAUGGGUUCGUGGUGGGCCCAGUCGCGCCAGUGAGGACAGCGGGAUCGUCGUCGAGCUUGACUAAGGCAAGUCUCGGAACGUCCUCUCGGUGGGCGACGUCUUCGUCUAAGCUACAGAGCUCCCCGUAUGAGGAGUACAUGAGGACCAGGCAGCAAAAGGAGUCCGGCAUGGCCGUCUCGCCAGAGGCAGAGGAGAAGGCUUCCAUGUUCGACUCGUACCAAGCGUCCAGGAACGAACAAGCUGCAAUGCCUCCAGCGGAGAAGGAGAAAUCGUUGUUCGAGAGCUACAUGGCGUCGAGGGGCGGUGGUGCGGCUCCGGCCCCGGCUCCCGCGGCGCCUUCCGCUCCUACCCCUGCUGCGUCGUCGUCGCCGUCGACCGAGCUCUCCCCGUAUGAAGAGUACAUGCAGUCGAGGAACAAGAUUAAGGCGGCGGAGGCUGCCACCACCUUCGAGGAGAAGACCAAGGCCUCCGCGUACGAGGAGUAUAUGGCGGCCAGGAGGGCGAAGGAGUCGGGAAGCGAUGUCCCCGUGGCCGACUGCGUGGAGGAGGAGUGCUCGGCGGAGGAGGUGGAACAGGAGGCCGGUCUAUUCGCGUCGUACAUGGCAGGCAUCAAGGUAGAGGCCACCACGGAGGAGCAGGUCUCGUACUACGACAGCCACAUGGCGUCGAGGAAGCACGUGAAGGAUGCUAACGCCGAUGUGACGCCGCAGGAGGCGGAGAACGUUAGCCUCUUCGACAGCUACAUGGCCUCAAGGAACGCGGCCGACGCUGCCCGUAAAACCAUGCCUCCGGCAGAGGCGCAGAAGGCACUCUUCGACGACUUCCAGAAGGAAUCCAGCCCCACCCCGACGACGACGUCGAGCAAGACUCCUCCCGGGCACAAGGGCACCGGCGGCAUGGCAGACACCCGCGACCCCGCACCCGUGAAACACGAGGACCCCCGCAAGUCCAUCCCCGCCGCGCCCUCGUUCGCGGAAUACCUCAAGUCCAAGCGUAACUAAAUAAUGGGAGAAGAUUCCCGUCUGCCAUAGGAACCGUAGAGAGAGGCAGGCAUCGUCGCGAGACCGGAGCUUCGCGAAGCAUGCAUGCCUCAAGUUCAAGAGAAACCAGAGGCACGCCUCGGAAGCAAGCGUGGACUCAGGCGAGGGCAUGGCAGAGAGCUCUAUCUACCAGGUCGCCGCCGUUUAGAGGAGGCUGUCUGUCGUAUGUAUGCGAUGUACGGGGAUUUUUUUUUCAAGAGGAGGACUCCCGUCCAUCAGCGUGUGUUGGGUUCGUUUUGCCAAAGGGAGCGAGGACGAGGAUUCAGCGACCGGCCGAAGCACAACCAACCCCCGUUGCAUUCACGUUCAGAGUGUAAUCCAGAUGGUUCAAGACCGACCGGAUUUUUUACGGCUAGUCUUACGGGGAUUAUUUGUGGGUGGUGAUGCUGAUGAGUAUUUGGAGAAGAAUCGUGCGGGGGGUGUCGGGUGACGAGGUUCAAAAGAGGGUUGGGUAGGCGGGAACAGCAGUGCCCCCCUACCCCCGCUCCAAUUGUUGAAAGAAAAGAGUAACACACGGAGAGGAUCCGGAAAAGGGAACAUUGGAUGGAUGUCUGCAGGCUUGAACUUUGAUCCAGAUUGAGGAUUCGGAUAUCGAACGGUAAAGUCCAAUAGAACUCAUGGCGUCGGCACUUACUUCUGGUUGAAGGCCUUUCUUUCUAUAGCUUCGGCACGAUUGCGCCUCUCUUUGCGGUCUUUUCCUCCACUUUCGAGCAGUCAACUUCGAUGCAAUUGCUUUUUAGGUACUGGAGGGCACGAUUGUCGGUAGAUUGGGGUGCGCUUGCCAUAAUCUGUGAUUCAGGUGGGUUUUGGCAAAUGUGCUUGCUCUACUGUAAAAAUGUCGGAAUUUGUUUGUGGGCAAGGGGGCAUCGGGAGAUGAUAGACUUGGUUCUCAUGGGGGCAAGGGCGGGGGGGGCGGGGGGGCUUGCGGAGAUUUGUUCACCCACCACCACAUGGGCUCAAGGUUUGGUGGUAAUAGAAAUCAUAUGAGGGCACUCAGAUGGAGUAUUCAUAGAUGAUAACCGACGCCGCGUCAAUCCUUUCGUUGACACUUAAUCUUUUUUGUGUUUGUAUUCUCCCUGGGUCAGGUGUACGUUCGUACGCUCCUGUCGUGUUGGAUACAUCAUUCCGUCUGGGGCAUCUGUUUGCUGCAUGCCCUCGCCGCCAUCGUGCCGCCAUCGUUGCCGUAAGCAGUCCAGAAGCCGAAUCCGAGAUUUUCUCAUAAUAUUAACAAAUCAUUCGAGGAUAAGCA